UACAACUAUCACAAACUGACAAAAACACCCCGAGAGUUUUGUACUUUACAGUUCAUUGGCAUAAACCCCUGAAAAACCUCAAUCCACCAUAAUCACUCUCUGCUGCUUCUUUCCAUGAGCUGACAUAGAUCCAACAUAGAAGCAGUGGAUACACAAAUUCAUUAAAUGCUUUAAUUUUAGUCAAUAUUUUUCUCAUAAUACUAUUAGAUUGUGCUCUUAUUUGUCUCAAAUUCCAACUCCUGUCUCUGUUUUAGUGUAAAGCUAUGAAACGCCGCUCCAUUAUCUCUCUAACUUCACUUCUCUCACAUACCACUACAAAAAACCCUACUUCUAAGCACUUUUCAACCCAAUCUUGGCUUAAAUCAGCACAAGGAAAACCCUUUACAAAAUGGCCAAAACUUAACCGCCCACCCAAACAACCCACCCCCCUCUUUACCCCACCACCCGUCAACCACCCCACCACCCCUAAUUACUGUCCCACUACUUUUACCACCCUAUGUAAUAUUCUACGUGACCCCACCAUCCCACCUGGUCCAGUUCUUGAAAAUGCAUUAUCUAAAGCUGAGAUUUUUGAAGUAAAUGAGUGUAUGUUUCUUGAAAUUUUUACCCAUUUUGAUUCUUCACCUAAGCCUUUGUUUACACUUUACUUAUGGACUGAGAAGAAAGAGUGGUUUGAGUUUUCUGUGGCUGUGUUUAAUGCUAUGGUUAAUGCACUUGGCAAGGAAAGGGAAUUUGAUUCUGCUUGGAAUUUGAUACUUGAUAGACUUAAUUCUACUGAAAAACCCAAUCUUGAUACAUUUUCCAUAAUGAUCAGACGAUAUGCAAGGGCAGGUAUGCUCUUACCAGCCAUUCGAACAUAUGAAUUUUCUUCAAAUUUAGAGAUACAUGCUUUGGGGUUGGAAGACAACUUAUUUGAGAUACUAUUAGAUUCUUUAUGCAAAGAGGGGCAUGUGAGGGAAGCUUCUGAGUAUUUUUAUAGGAAAAAAGGACAAGACUCAAAUUGGUCGCCAUCUGUUCGGGUCUAUAAUAUAUUGCUAAAUGGAUGGUUUCGGUCAAGAAAGAUCAAGAAAGCUGAGCGAUUGUGGGCUGAGAUGAAAAAGGAGGGCAUAAAACCUAGUGUUGUUACUUAUGGUACCCUUGUUGAAGGAUUGUGCCGGAUGCGGAGAGUUGAGAUGGCAAUUGAAUUGAUUAGUGAAAUGAAAGAGGAAGGAAUUGAUCCCAAUGCCGUCAUCUACAAUCCAAUAAUUGAUGCAUUAGGAGAAGCUGGGCGGUUUAAGGAAGCAUCCGGAAUGAUGGAGAGGCUGUUAGUGUUGGAGUCCGGUCCAACACUGUCGACUUACAAUUCGUUGGUGAAGGGUUUUUGCAAGGCAGGAGAUAUUGUUGGGGCUAGUAACAUUCUUAAGAUGAUGAUAAAUAGAGGUUUUAUGCCAACACCAACUACUUAUAAUUACUUCUUUCGGUACUUCUCCAAGUUUGGGAAGAUUGAAGAAGGCUUAAACCUCUAUACCAAGAUGAUUGAAUCUGGAUACGUGGCAGAUCGACUAACAUACCAUCUGCUGGUUAAGAUGCUAUGCGAGCAGGAUAGAUUGGAUCUGGCAUUGCAAAUUAUCCAAGAGAUGAGGGCAAAGGGUUGUGAUUUGGACUUGGCUACAAGUACCAUGCUUAUACAUUUGUUCUGCAAGAUGCAUCAAUUUGAUGAAGCUAUUGAGUGGUUUCACGACAUGAUUCGGAGAGGACUAGUUCCUCAAUAUCUCACAUAUCAGAGACUGUGCAAUGAUCUGAGAAAACAAGGACUGACUGAAAAGGCAGAGAAACUUAGAAACAUGAUGGUAUCUAAACCCCACUCUGAGAAGUUGCCCAACACAUAUAUUGAAAAUGGAGACUCUUCAUAUACGAGGAGAAAAUCCAUCAUCAAGAAAGCUGAAGAAAUGUCAAAUAUAUUACAGACGUGUAGAAGUCCAAGACAGCUAGUCAAACGUAGAACUCCACUUGAGAAUGCAGUGCUGAGUGCAAACCAGCUUAUAGAAAAUAUUAGUAAACGGAUGGAACUAGUUUAGUCUACAUUAUGUUGUAUGAUUAUUCUGUAACAGAUUCAAAGGUUUCUGUGAUGUACAUAAUCCAGCACAAGCUUAAAAUUCUUUCUUGUCAAAAGAAUAGAUUUUUGCGCCUAGAAGUUCAGAAAAUAAUGAAUAUGUAAUUGAUUUUGUAUCAUCCAUGGACUUUAUAAUGCUAAAUUUGUGCCUUUAUCCAAUGACUUGUGUACAUGUAACUCUAAGCGGUAAACUGCUCUGUUGAAGAUCAUAGAGAGUAAUAAGCAAGCUCAAUGCAGGGUGCUGCAGCAUACUUGAAAAAUUUACAUCAAA